AUGUCAUCCUAUCGAGUUCCGCUUUUUAAUUUUCAUGUUUGGACAUGCCUUGUGGAUGUGUUUGUGCAUAGUCUCAUGGCGCCAUAUGCAUUUUUGCCAACUCUUUCAAUAUUUACAGUUGGUUUGUUGAAUUUUUUGGGUGUUCCGACGAAAAUACAGGUUUGGCUGGCAUUUCAAAAUAUCCAUUGGAUGCUAACAUCUACAACAAUAUUGGUAGAAAGUCGAAAUAACGCGAUUCCAUUCAACAAGUUUAAAAUAUCUCGGAAAAGUACAAAAACGCUGUAUUACCUUACAAAAUUACUAAUGGGUACAUUUUAUGCAGCAUCAACAAUAUUUUUCAUACCAGCAAAUCAAGAAGAAGCACGUUUUGAAGUUCUUAAACAGCUUCCUUGUCCUGCUCAAGAAUUUUUCACAGUUUCCAAUAUUUUAGUUCUGAGUAUUGAUAAGGAUUACAGCCGGCUUAUAAUUGCUUUGACAACAAUGGGGGUUCUGUCCGAAGCUAUUCAAAUUGCGUUUUACUUUAUAUGUUGUGUUUACUAUUUAUUUUUCUCAGUUCGUUCGUUCACCUCGUUCACCUCGAAAACGACGAAAAAAUUUCACAUUAAAUUGUUGACAAGCAUUCUUCUACAAAUUUUUGUUCCAAUGUUAUUCUUGUUCCCAACAGCAUUCUAUAUUUGGUUUUCUGUUUAUUUUAAUUAUCAUAAUCAAGCAUUAACCAAUUUAUCAUUUGUUUAUUCUUCAAUUCAUGGUUUAAUUUCUACAUUCACUAUACUUAUUAUUCAUUCCCCGUAUCGCCAGUUUAUAUUAUCAUGUUUCCGGAAACCUGAGCCGAAACAGUUCGUGAGAAAUAUAGAAAUGUGA